UUUACCAUAUCGUUGUCGAACUGGUUAGUAUAGUUCAUUUCUCUGGGUUUUGAUUAUUUUUUUCUCGGUUUUUUCCUUCUUUUUUUUCUUCUUUAUUCUGGUUUGAUUUGGUCUGGUCUGAUCUGUUUGUUUCCCCAUUGCGCCUCCUGUUCAGUGCCGUCAACCUGCCUUUCGAGACCGCUGCGUUGUUUGAGACGAGCUGCUCCGCAUAUCUCAGGCGUAACCAACUCCGCUUGCAUACCAUAACAACAACAUUCCGGGACCCCCGUUGGCGAUCGAUAGCCCAGCAUGGGUUCAGAGCACGGCCAGUUUCCCGAGGUCCAGGGCGGAGGUAGCCUCAUCCUCGCCUGGCAGAUCAAAGCCAAGAACGUGCUGGUCGUCGGCGGCGGCGAGGUCGCGGCCGGACGUAUUCUCAACUGCCUCAACGCCGAUGCCGCCGUCACCGUCAUAUGCCCCUCGUCUGGCCUCAACCCAGAAGUAGCACACCGCGUCUCCUCCGGCCAGGUGACCCACAUCGACAGGAAGUUCCAGCCGGGCGACCUUGACCCGGACAAGAACGUGAGCAUGGUCCUGACCGCCAUCGACGACCCGGAAGCCUCCACCCACAUCUGGAAGCUGUGCAAACAACGCCGCAUCCCCGCCAACAUUGCCGACGUCCCGCCCGAGUGCGACUUCUACUUUGGCAGCGUCCAUCGCGACGGGCCCUUGCAGGUCAUGGUGUCUACAAACGGCAAGGGGCCCAGGCUGGCUGCCUCCAUCCGCAAGCAAAUCGCCGCCACCCUUCCCAAGAAUGCCGGCGCCGCCGUCGACAAGGUGGGAAGGCUGCGGGCCAUGCUGCGCAAGAUAGAGCCUGGUCCCGAAGCUGUAGCCAGCAGGAUGGGCUGGAUGAUCAAGGUGUCCGAUGAAUACAGCUGGGAGGCCUUUUGUGACCUGAACGAGGAGGACAUGGAGAAUCUUCUAGCCUUCUACUCCGGCGGAGAGGUUCCGUCUCUGGACCUACUGAAGAGUAUGAGACAAGGCUUUUCGCCCGAGUCCGUAUUUGAUGGCUCAUUUGGGUUUUCUGUCGGGUGCUGAAAGGGAUUCAACUGCACGUGAGCUCAAAAUGGCAACAAGACCUGUUGCUCCCGCGGCGCAGUAUCCGCGGCUGGCACAAUUGCGGUACAUGAAUGAGGUGGGACAAAUGGCGCUCCGGAUCUUGGACGUAGACAGAGAGGGUGGGUAUCAAAACGUCUCUUUUCUGGUCUGUUGCAUCGCGGGAUGCUCGGACAACGACUGCCUGAAACGCAAGCGGUGCCGUUUUUGAACUGGGUAUUAUUAUUGGCCUGUCGAUUGGACAGGCCUCACACCUCCUUCCCACGGUUUCUCGCCUGGCGCUUCUACGCGAGACCUCUCCAGGAGCACGUCUAAGACGCCCCAUGUGGCCCUCUGCUGCUUGGCAUCUGGAAUUCCGUGGUCGACACCCGCGCUCGUGGGCGGGCCGAAAAUCUUGACCCGCCCCUCGGACAGCACGAAGCCUCCGCAGGCAACCUUGGAUAUUCGAACUGCUGGAUGAAACAUAUCCAGAGCGAGAUGUUGCAACACGUAUUGGGCGAGGGCAUCAGUGAACGGCUGCGGUAGACCACCGGGUUGCUCCGACGUGUCAGCCCACUGCCGCCAGGUCCACCCCUCCUCGUCCUUAUCGCCUCCAAGUCUCCUGCGCUUGGCCUCGAAAUACGGGUCUCGAUAUUGAGAUCCCGCCCUCUUGCGCCUGUCCCGGAUCUGACCCGCAGGCGCAUCUUCCGCCACCUCGCGUAUCUUACUCGCAGUGACAAGGCGCACAAGGUCAGCACCGGGAAUGAUGAUUUCAAUGGACUUGACCCCCAGGGCAGACUCGGACGCCUCUGAAGCAUCAUCCUCCUCCUCGUAUUGAGUCUGCGUCUCCUCGCCCACUCUUGUCGGUUGAUGUUGCUUUUCAUGCGGCAGUCUCCGCUGCCGACAUCGCAUCACCGCCGGGGCAUGGAAACCCAUCGUGAGCACCACGUCUUUGACAGCGUCGAAGUGGGUCUCCGCACUAAGUUCACCCGCCCACUUCUCCAGAGAACGCACCAGGCUCCGCGUGCCGAGGCUCAGGGGGCUGACCCGACAAUCGAAGGUGCGGCUGAGGAAGGAGACAAGACUGGCUUUGAGAGGAGCGGGCAUGCGCAUCAGCAGGAGAGGUAGGUGUAGGAAGCUAGGGUCGUCCCUGACAGGUUUGGCGGGGGCGAAGUCAAGUAGGGGGUCUUGAGCCAACAGUGCCAGCUUAGAAGCUGUCGCUACAUCUUCCGGGGGUAGUGCAAAGUCCUCGGCGGACGGCAGCAGCAGUGCCGCACAUUCGGCAUGCUCAUACUGCAGUGAAAUGUGUAUGCCCUUUGUCCCACCAGGUUCAAGCCCCAAGCGAGUGCUCCUCCUCGAGCCGGGCGUGGCUACAGCUUGGCCGUCAUCGGGUUCCGGUGCAUGCAUCCCGAGCCAGGAAAUAGACACGGCCUCCAGGGCACCAGCCCUGGCCAUGGCCCCCUCAUCGGUAGGGCGAUCGAGGCCCACGUCAACGCCUCUCACGACGUCACCGACCAGAAAGUCGCGAAGACGUUGGGACACGGUUUGUAUUCGAUGUUCCGUCAGGGGCUGGGAGCCGAUGUGCAGGGGCGACAGGCGGUGGGUGGAAAAGGUGGUGUUGAGGAAGGGAGUCAAGUGGCGGUGGGGGUCGCCAUGGCCACCAUGGGCGAAAGAGGUGGACGAGAGAGGGGACGAGGAGUCCUGGCUACUGUUUUGGGCGGGUGUGUCUGCAUUGAAGCCGAGUCCUGGGUUGGAGGUAGAAGCAGGUGACGGCACGGUUUGUGGGUCAAGUGGUCUGCUGCGUUUUGGUGGGCGCCCUGGAGGCAUGUUGGUGGGCCGAGGCGAGUCGCGAGGUAAUCGACAGGAGACAGCGGAUGUAGUGAAGCUGCUCUUCCAAGGCUGCUGGCCGAGCUGAGUGGUGUCGACGGUAUUGUCUCUUUAAAGGUCGACUGGCGAUAAUGGUGUCACUGCGCGCAGUCGCGUCGAGGCGCGUCGAGUCGCGUCGAGCCGCGUCACCAGGGAAGAUAGCGCAGUGCGGCUUGCUAGAGGACUGACUGGUGUACCAAUUAUACGUAUGAUGGAUUUGAGAUGGUCGUUGAGCCUACAAAGAUAUAGCAGUCCAGGGAAUGCAGUGCCUCACUUACGUUAUUAGCAGCAAAUUCGCCAUGGGUUGAUGAGCAACGAUGGCUGCUGCUCGGAC